AUGCUGAUAAGGUCGAAGUUUUCUAUGUUGAGAGAGUAUUUAACUCCUAUCAAUCAUAAUUCCAACUUUACUUCAACAGGAGAAAUCAGUCCUGAAGAAUUUGUAAAAGCUGGUGAUUAUCUUACUUACAAAUUCCCUACAUGGGAAUGGUCUAGUUGCCCUGACAAGUUACAAAAGGAUUUCUUACCUAAGGAUAAGCAAUUUUUGGUAACGAAGCAUGUACCUUCAUACCAAAGAGCAUUCAAUUAUUUGGGAAUUGAAGCUGAUUUGGAUGAAGAUGAAGAGGAAUUAGAAGACGGAUGGGUCAAAUCUCACAAGAUUCACACUACAAAAAAGUUACCUCAAGAAGUUGAAGAAAUUGAUGAAUUAGAGGAUCUUGUUGAUGAAACAGCUGAGCUAAAUAUCGAUGAUUUCGAAGAUUUGUCUAAGAACGAAAACAAUUUGAGAAAAUACGAUUUAUACAUAUGUUACUCCACUAGUUACAGAGUUCCCAAGUUAUAUUUGGUUGGUUUUAAUUCCAAUGGGAUUCCUUUGUUACCAAAACAGAUGUUUGAAGACAUUUCAACUGAUUAUCGUGAUAAGACUGCCACCAUUGAGAAUUUACCUGUAACUUACAACACCACUUCAGUAUCAAUUCAUCCAUGUAGACAUUCCACAGUGAUGAAAGUAUUUAUGAAGCAUGCCAUUGAAGCUCAAAAGAAGAAAAGGGUUGAAGAUGAUUCAGAAUCUUCGGAAGACGUAGAAGGUAUAAGGGUAGAUCAAUAUUUGAUCAUAUUCUUAAAAUUCAUUGCUAGUGUAACUCCUGGUAUAGAAUAUGACUACACCAUGGAAGUAUUCUAA